GUCAGUUCUUCACAGUCACUUGGACGAGUCGGACGGAAUCUUGACAAAGCCUACUUUGAGCGGAAGAAAUUAAUUUAGUGCAAUCUACUAACAGUGCUUAGUAAAAAACACAGUAGGCCAAGAAUUUUUUCCUAUUUUUCCGUUUCGUUUGUUAGUACGCGCGUGAAAGUGUGAGUGUGUGUGUGAACGGUUACAGAAGACGCACUCCGGAAACGGAACAAGUGACCACACGAGGCAGGAAGGACCCCAGCACACUGUGACGACGACGACAACCGCAUUGUGUGGUGCCCGUGCAGAGAACAAACCGUGGAAGCCGGCAUUUUUUCGCGAAAAAAGGUGUGUACGAACGGGACGACAACCGGCACUAGAACCGGGCGCCGGAAGAAGCGCGAUCGGUUAGGUUAGGAGGAGUGGUUCGGUUACUUUAGUUUAGGACGAUUUCUGCUAGUAAUAGUUUAAGUGCAUUCGCGUAAUUAGUGUUUCGAGGCACGAAUCUGCGUGAGAUUUCGGCAACCGGGCACGCACACAUGCACACGGAGGCCGCAGCACAGCAAGGACAAUCAGGACAAAAGUGGAAUUAACCUCAAACAUCCUAGCGAGAAGAGCUUGAAGCUUGAAUGCCGUGUGGCGACAAGGAUUCUUUUUUCCACUUUUGACUCUCGAGUGGGGAACCAGAGAGUGUGGCAAAGGACGAAAGUGAAAAGCUCCUAGAGCAAAUUAAAAACAUUCUCGAGCGCUCGCGAGGAGAAAAAAAGUACCGAAGGAAGGCAGACGGGUUCCGACGGGUGGAAAAUCUGCAGAACCACAUCGGCCUCGAGGCCUUGAGCCCUCCGUUCCCACAACGACGACGACGACGCGGUCGCACCAAAAACUUUAAGGGCAACGUCGCCGCCGACGGAACAUUAAAGACACGUGUUGACGGUUCAGUGUGAGCAAGUUUAUGCACCGCGAGAGAGAGAGAGAGGAAGCGCAAAACCAGUGAGUAAGUGAGUGAGAGAGGAAAGACUCCCUCUUAUUAUCAGCAAAAGGACGAGUUUGAUCUUGAAGCGAAAGGGAGGAAAAGUGUGAGCACGUACAACAUAUACACACACACAUACGCAGCAGAACCCGGAGGAAAACUGACGUUGUACCGGGUUGGAGAGAUGCCCUCGCUGCAACAGACCAGCUUCAAGGAUUGGCCGAGUCCAGACAUUGCACGAUCCCUGACCGGGCCGGACAUUCUGCAGAAGCACUCGAUCAACUCACUGCUGCUGGAGCACAAUGAAAUCAUCAACCGGGUGCUGCCGUCGCCGAUCGAGGAAAAUGUGUCCUUUUCCGAACUGCUGGGUUCGUCACAAUCGUCGCAGUCUACCUCCACAUCGUCCCUGCUAGGAAAUGGCGGUCACCAUUCACACCACCACCAGCACAAGUACGGCAGCCCCGCCGGAACCGGUCCGGACAGCGGCAGUUCGAUGCUCAGCAGCACCGGCAGCGGCCCCAACUCGGCCUCGUCGCCGUCGGUGCUGAGCUCGAGCACCAACCCGUUCUGCUUCUCCGGGCUGUCCAUGUCCAGCUCGAGCCUCAACUCGCCGGAACUGGUGGGCGCAGGAGGAGGUGGUGGCAGCGGUGGCCAUAGCGCCGGUGGUGGUGGCCAAUCGCCAACCUAUUACGGGAACGGAGCAGGACUGCACAAGAGCAGCUUCGAUGACUUUCGGUUCGACGGCGACCUCGGCGGUUUGUCCUCCAAUGGCAACAACAACACCAACAGCAAUGGCACAAGCAACCUCACCUCGGAGACGUUGAAGCUGCUGCAGCGCAAUAUGGCCACCAGUUACGACUGCUCACCGCUGCCGACCUCCCCGAGCUCUUCGUCUUCCACCACGGCGGCGGCACUUUGCGCGAGAUAUUUCCGUGGCAACCAGCAGCAGCAGCCAACGAUCGGCGACCUGAAUCACAACGGCUACGAACCGACCAGCUCGUCCUCUCUCUUCAGCACCAGCAGCACCACCAAUCAGUCAUCGUCGCUGUCACGUUCCAAUUCACCGCCCGACAACGAUGCCAGCCUGCUGGCCAAUUUCGAUAGCACCAACAUUUUGGACAUGAUCAGUUAUCUCACCAUCAGCCAACAGCAGCAGCAUCAACAGCAACAAAAUGGUCACUACAACAGCUCGAAUGGAGGUGGCUCGAACGGCUCCUCCCAUUACGGCCAGACGCAACAGUCGCCGUCGUCUUCGGCGUCGUCGAGUUUGAACUCGUUUUACCAACAGGGAGGAGGAGGUGGAUCUUCCUACGGUGCCAAUGGGAACUGCAACGGCGGUGGCGUUAUUGGCCAGAGUAGCAACAAUGGUGGUGGCGGCGCAGGCUGUGGCUUCUCCAGCAAUGACUACGAGCGGCUGCAGAAUCUGCAAGCGCUGAACACGCUACGGCUGCUGCAGCAAUCGCAGUACCAACUGCAGCAGCAGUAUCAACAGUUCAACCAGCUGAUGCCCAACUACGGGGGUUCGCAGAUCAAGAGCUGGUCUUCGCAGAACUCUCCCCCUUCGUCAUCGGGUAGCAGCAACGGAGGUGGAAGCGGCAACGAUAUCAAUCUCGACCGGAUUGCACGAUUUCACCGUUCAUCAGCUGCUCAUUACGAUGCGACGUGCACGUGGAGCGGUGUGCUUCCGCCCCGGUCCCACCGGUUGGUGACCUACUCGUCGAAGAUCUUCCUCGGCGGCAUGCCCUGGGACAUAAGCGAGCAGUCGCUGGUGCAGAUCUUCAAGCCGUUCGGUUCCAUCAAAGUCGAAUGGCCAGGCAAAGAACAGCAGGCGACACAGCCGAAAGGCUACGUGUACAUCAUCUUUGAAUCAGACAAACAGGUCAAGGCGCUGCUGCAGGCCUGCACUUAUUCGGACGCGAACGGCUACGGCGGUUCUAGCGGUAGGGGUGGCAACAACAACAACUCUGGAAUGAUGGCCAGCGGUAACGGCAGUUGCAACGAUGACAUGCAGUUGGUUCCGCUCUCGCCGGGCCAGCAGGCUCUGGUCAACAAGCAGCACCAGUCGGUGUCGAUGGCGGGAGCCCGGAUUAACUUCAAGAUCUCCUCGAAGCGCAUCAAGUCCAAGGACGUCGAGGUGAUUCCGUGGAACAUUGCCGACUCGAACUACGUCAAGUCGACCUCCCAGAAGCUGGACCCCACGAAGACCGUUUUCGUCGGAGCACUGCACGGUCAGCUGACGGCCGAGGGGCUGGCCAAGAUCAUGAACGAUCUGUUCGACGGGGUCGUGUACGUUGGCAUCGACACGGACAAGUACAAGUACCCGCUGGGGUCGGCUCGGGUCACGUUCAACAAUUCGCGCUCGUACAUGAAGGCCGUGGUUGCCGCGUUUAUCGAGAUCAAGACGGCAAAGUUCACCAAGAAGCUGCAGGUGGAUCCGUACCUCGAGGACUCGCUGUGCUCGAUGUGCGGCGUACAACACGGACCAUACUUUUGCCGAGAGAUUGUGUGCUUCAGAUACUUCUGUCGCUCGUGCUGGCAGUUCCAGCAUAACCGGGACGCUUCGCUCCAGAACCACAAACCGUUGACACGCAACUCCAAGUCGACGACCAUCGUCGGCGUGGGACCGCAGCAGCAGCAGCAGCCACAGCAACAGUCUCCGCCGGCCAGCAUCGAUUCCAGCGGCCUUCACCGUCGGCAGCAGCAAAUGCUGUACCACCAUCACAUGUCCCAGUCUCAGCAGCAGCAACAACAAUCUCCGCCGACCUCCGACGUGCACCGUCGGCUGUACAACGUUGGCCACCUGCAGGACCUGUCCUCGUCUUCGUCGCUGUCGCUUCCCCAGUCGCCUUCGCCGUCGUGCACCACAAGUAGCUCCAGUGGUAGCUCGGCCGACUCCUCGCCGGUCAACUGCCACGGCCCGGCGAACCUGCACCAGCAGCUGCAGCAACAGUUUGGCGGCGGCCUGUAAGAAGGUGUGUUGUUAUCCUUUUUCCUAAAUGUUACUGUUGAUUGUCGCCGGAAGGCGUUUUGUUCGUUAAAUCAUUCCCCGCUCCCCCUGUCCAAAAUUCCCAAGUGCUGGAAACCUGCGCGGUUCGUGCUUCCUCCCACAAGCAGCAAGUGCUUUGAACACCUAACCUCGAAAGAGUCGCGAGAGUGGCGGGUCUUGCGUUCGGCGCAAAAAACACAUCCCGUUAAUUUUUUAGUGGAAGCUUUUUGGGACAUUUCCGACGCUGAAAUGUCCUCCCAACAAAGAGAGUUCCACCGGGAAGGCAACGAUCGACACAUCCGCAGAUCCGUGCGACGAUCCCCUCUGGAGCCACCAAAGCACCAGCUUGACGACAUUAGCACGUUUGACUACUGGCGCCAAGUUUCGGUGCCAACCUUGCUUAGAGAGUAGAAACCUCCGUAAAACAAAUUCUCCAAAGGGAAAUCGUUACGGAUUGUCAAGGGAAAGUGCCCCGCGACCAACGUGGUCCUCGGAAGAACGCAACCACGCCAUCGGCUCUCACAAGAUCAAGGUUCAAAGCCACAAAAGGAGGAAGCACCCAUUUUUGAUUACUUUUAAGCGGAAUGCUGUUUUAAAGGAAACCUUCCCUGGUUUAGAGAAAGAAACUUAAAAAACACACACAAGAGUAUCGAAAAGUAAGUAAACCCAACCUAAAAAUCGCGAGAAGAAGAAGAAGAAAAAACGGCCAAGCCAACACAGAUAGAAAGAGAGAGAAAACCAAAAGUGAGGAACGGCUCCUUUUAUAUACGAUUUUAAACGUGGAAUGCCAGGCUUGUAAGCGAAACAAUACCGUUUUUAGUUAGGAUGAAACAAAAUACUGUUCGCUUCCCACCGCGGGUGCGCAGCGCAACAGGAGAGAAAGAGACAAAAGGUCGCUAAAAAUGAUUUUUAAAAAUGAAGUUAAAUUUUUGUAUGCCGCAGCAGCGUAAGCGAUUUCCGCACAUUUCUUUUGUUUUUGUUACUUUUUGCUCCUUUUUUGGCGUUUAUUUAUUAUUUAUUUAUUAUACACUUUUCUUUAUCGGCAGCGCGUUUAAGGAAGGCACUAUUUAACGAUAGGGAAGAUCGGUAGUCUCUUGAAGAGCCUCUUAGUUAUUAUCUUUUCUUUGUAGUAUGAUUUAUAGUUUCUGUACAGUUACCACCACCGAAGGGGUAACGAAAAAAAAUAUUCGUUUUCGAUUGCAUUUAGUGAGCACUAUUACAUAUAUAUAGAAUGCAUUUAUAUCUAAACACAAAGGAUCAUGACCCAUCGUUAAUCGUGGGCAAAAACACUAGUUUGGCUUGUUUUUUUGUAUGUUAUUUAUUAUACUCAUUUAUCGCUUCGCUCUUUUUUUGUAACAAGAUACACUUCCGGAACGGUGUACCACUUCCGGUAAUAAUUUAUUAAAAUAUUAUUCAAACAAAAAAAUCUGUUUAUCCGCACAUUGUUUUACUCGUUUUGAUUUUGAGUUUUAUCUUGGCACGAUUCACUUUUUUGUGGGGCUGUUUUUUUAAUGGUAUUUGUUUUGUAUUUUUUUAAACUGCGUUAUUUUGAUCACCUUUUACCGAAACUAUUUUAUCCGUAUUUUAACUAGAGCAAUUUUAGCGUGUAACGUUUUGAGUGUUUUUUUUAUAAGUGCAAGAGAUUUUUCACCACAGCAAUUUUACUUUGAAAAUGUAUCGUUUUCCAUUGUUCUCUUAGCGUUAACAAUAUGUUGCACCGUGUAAAAUCAUUUCAGCACAAUACACUUAACCUCCGGUGGUUGGUCAAUUUUUAGUUUUACACUUUUUAGUUUGUACCCCGUUGGUUACAAACUUAAAAGUGACGAACUGUCACUUCUAACACGGGACAUACGUUUAAAAACCAAACGUUUGGUAGUAAGUGUGAGCUCUGUGUAAAGUUGGUGUCAAACCAUCGGGGGUUCAGUGUAGUUGUGUUCAUCGCGCAAAAACAAUCGGGUUGAAAAAGAUUAGUAAACUGUAAUGCCUCAUUUAGGAAGGUCGUCCAAACAUUGGUCAACAAACAAUUUUUGAGCCGUUCAUAAUCCACUUAAAAAAGUAUGGUAAUGUCAGUCUACACGCACUUACAAAAUCACUCAGUUUCGUGAAAACCGAACAGUUGGGUCAAUUUCACUGUUAAGGAGGUAUUAGGCUAUGGCAAACAAACAAACAAACUCGUACAUUUUGACUGCUUUGUUUGUUUGCAGAAACGUCAGCCUGCAUUCAUUUUUCUCUGUUUGCGAGUUUGCCGCAAACUGUCGAACACGAAAAAUGCGACUUUGUUUGUGAUAUUCUGAAACCUCCUUCACUGUUAGUAAAAAUCAUCCAAAUCAGAAAAAAAUCCCCAAAAUAUGACAUAUGGAUUUCCAACACAUUUUUAAGUAGGUUCAGGAAAAAGCAAAUCACAGAAGGAAAAGCAUAAUUCUGAUACUAACCCCUUUGAAGACUUCGCUCUGAUAUGUCAUUGACAGCGCUUUGGUUUGAUAACGAUAAACUGACAGAAAAAUAUUCGAUUUGAAUUAAUAUAUCUAACAUCAGCCGUACUUCUUUUAGUGGGCUUAAUGUGGCAAUGCACUAUUUUUUUCAACCAUACAUUUGCUGUUUAGUUGCAAAUUUGCCAACAAAUACAGAUAGAACAGCUUGUUAUGGGACCCAACUCAAACUGAUUUUAAAACUAUUUAAACAAUAAAAAAAACACAUAACUCUGUACGACCAUACGACAGAAACUUGUCUAUAUUUUUAUACAGCAAAUACAAGUAAGGAAACCUUAUAAAGCAGGUUACAAAUAUGAAUUCAAUAAUAAUAUACAACAACAAUCACUGUGGAUCAGUAAUUUAUAGCAGAUUCAAACACAUAAAAAAUAUAAAUAUAACAAUCAUAAAUGAGUUUACACUUGAUUGGUUACUACUAAGCCAUAACCUAAAAAGAAGAAAACAACUAAUACACACAAAAGGACAGAGAAUGCCCAUAACUGAGAAAUGAAGACAAUAAGCUUAAUGACAAUUUCACAAAGACUUGAGCAGCAAAUUUCACCGCACUGUUGACAUCUGCAUCAUCCCCACAUCAUUCCAGUGUUAUUGCCAUCGUUCGCAACAAGCUAUGCGCCAUACUGAUUCAAAAAUGGUUCAUCUCGAGUUUCUAUUGACUAACCUUAACAAUUCCAAACUGCAAAUCUCUUUACAUUCCUCUUUAAAAAAUCUUUUUUAAAUACAGGGUCGCUUUGAAUUUUAUAUAUUUUUCAAAAACCCCAACCCAGUUACUCGAGCAUUCCCUUUUAUCUUAAACCAGAAGAAAAUAGACAACCAGUGCGCUUUUAUUGCCCAUUUUUCAAAAAUUUGGGCACAUUGAAAAUAUCGAGCUUGAUUUACCGAAAUACGCACACGACUGGAUCAACCGUUACGAACAGAAGAACAAAAAACCGUGGUCUUUGAUCGUGUGGAAAUAUUUGAUUAGAGAACAGUCAUAACUAUCAAUGAAAAACACAUAUAUUGUAAAAAAGAGGAAAAUGUGCCUAGCCUGUUUCAAUGAAAUGACAGUUAUAGCUAUUUAUUCAAAAAAUACACCAAUUACAUGAUCGAGCAAUGAUCUAGAUACUGAAAAAAAUAAUUAUUCGAUAAGGAUUUAAUCCGAGGAACAACACUAAAUAGAAAACUAAAAACUUUAAAAAUAACCGUUACAUAUUUAACUGCAACGUUUCUCUAAUAUCAUUCCACAAAUCAUCAUCACUUACAAGAAGACGUAAACACACAACCAUGUUUAAAAAAAGUGAAUUUAUUCCACAUCACUUGUUUCAAUUGUCAAAAGGAUUUAUUUCCGGACUUGCAGAAUUAUCCAACCCCUUCAUAGCCAGCAAAAGUUGAAUAAGAGUUAAAAAAUGAUCUGGGUCAAUCCCAUUUGACUUUUUUUUUUAAUAUGACCGACUUUCUCAAGAAGGCUUUCUAGUCAGAAAUUUACCAACACAUUCAAAGUAUGUUUACAUGGCAGCUGCGGGUUUGUUUGCAUCUGAUCUGCUUUCUCUUUCUAGCAAAAGUUUUUUGUCGUGCGACUUCUAGUUGGUUUCUUUGUUUUUUUUUUGACUGACCGCUCGAUAUGCUGCCAGCCAAUAUACACUGAGAAUGGAGUUCUUCCAUUCGAGCAGUUUUUGCUUUUUUCUACAAUGUAUUCCUUAUGGAAGAACUGUCAUUUCUACCACUCGAAUCGGGUGCUCCAUCAGCAUUACACUUUUUUCAGUUCACUUUUAGACACUUGAUGGGAUUUUUCAGGCACCUUCCGCAAACGUCCAACCAAUACAAAGUUGAUGCCGGAUCUUUUUCCGGAUCUCUUCCGGAAAAGAUCCGACAACAAAUUUGUAUGGUUUGAAGUUUGCGAAGGGUGCCGAAAAGUGCCGAAAAAUCACUUGGUGCAUUGGACAAAUGGUGACUGACGUCGGACGUUCAGUCAAAAAACAGCUGGAAGUCGCAUGAUAAACAUCUUUUGGGAGAAAGAGAAAGCUGAUUUCUGAUGCAAACAAACCAACUUCUGUGGCACACCGAGGUUUGAAUGUGUUGGUAUAUUUUCGUCUAAAAAGCCUUAUAGUUUCAGCAAACACAGACAGGAGAGGGAGAGUCCCUGGAAAAUACUCCGUGAAUUGGAAAAACUAACUCUGCAAGUACGAUAAUAAACCUAACACGAGGCAAAUGCCGUUUUAAGUGAAUUGUUUUAAGUCUAAAGUAAAAAUUACACCGCUCGCGCGCGCUCUCAUUAUCUAUCAAAAACUAAACACAGUUGGGGCUAUUUGUGCACACGAAAGGUGAGAAUAGCAUUAUUUUAUAAAUCCUAAACAAAAUCGCUUUUCCGGGACUGAUGUUUUUAAUUACCAGCGUCGAGCGCACCGACGAUGAAUGUAUUUUACUGCAACGCGUAAUUCGCUAAAUUGGUGUUGAUGUGAAAAAAGGAGAAAAAAAACAAAAAAAUACUUCCAAACGACAGCAAGGUUAAAGGUCGUUAAAAUUAAACCCGUAAGUUUGUAAACUAAAAGUGAAUUGAAAAUGGUUUUAUAUAAAAAAGCAAAACUUGCCUUGUUUGUUUGAUACCAAAUGUGACCUUUUUUCGUAGAUAGAAUGUUUGGAAAAGAAAAGAUAGCUCUCAUUAUAACAACCAAAUUAUAAUUGGUAAAUUUGGUUAGUGGUUCCAAAUGGUUCAUUUUAACAUGUUCGGUUAUGCUUCCAAAUUUACCAGAAAAAAUAAACAUUGUUUUACAUAUAAAUUUACAUGAAAACACUGCAAUUCGCACACAGAACGACACGGAAAAAUGUAAAUUUUAAACUCAAACUCCGAUUGAAUGUUAUUUUACAAAAAAAAAACCAUAGAUGUUGAUUUUAAGCAAAAAGAGUAAAACAUAAAUUUUAACCAUCAUCAGAGAAACAUCUUUAAAGGUGAGUUUGUCCGCGGUCAUUUGAACUGAAGUAUUCAAUGAAUUUUAAUCAAACAUCAAUUUCACUAAUAAUUUGUUGAAUUUUACAAGGUUUUCAUUUGCCUGUCGACGCCUGUCUAAACAAAUUUAAACUAUCGAAUAUUUCUGCUCAUUCAAAAAGCGUUCACUUAACCCCCGGCGGUUUUUUUUUCGUUUGACAGCAAUUGGUGUCAAACCAUCGGGGUUUCAGUGUACGCAGAAAAUUCAAACACAAUGUUUACUAUUUUUGCAACCUUCUCAUAAGUUGUAACACUUACUGAAUUUUCUACACCCUUAUUUCGAAUCACUCAGUUUUCGUCGAAAUCGAUCCUACACGAAAAUGAGUAAACGGUUCAGAUUUGAGUGAAAUUUACUCAAAUCGCACAGAUUUCACAUUUACUCAUUUCUAAUUAGCUUCGGCCUUGACCAAAAAUUGAAAUUAAGCUUAUGUUCAAGCUGUCAAAAAUAAUUCCAUUAAAAAAUAAAUUAAGCAAAACAAUGUCAAUUGGUCAAAUGCUAAAGGUGAACAAACCGUCUAUCUUGCACACGUCAAUUUACACUUCUAGACUUUUAUUUAUUAGGUCCUAUAAACAAAUGUAAACAUCGAGCAUCCCGCUUAUUCCGAUGGACAUUGACAUAAGGUGUGAAAGGGAUACACUCAAUGUUUACAUUUCGUUAUAGGACCUUAUCAAAAAAAAAGUCGAGACUUUGUCUUUGAUACAUUGUAAUUGUUUUGCCUGAAUUGAAAAAAAAUCCUUAUUCACUGUCAGAUGACCGCUCUCGCAAACUGCUCAAACACCAUCACAAAUCGAUGCCAACUUUGUUUUCAAUGCCGGAGCUUAUAACCCAACCAUUUGUUCGGUGCAAUUUGUCUUUUUUGACAGGAGUGGUGGUUUGGCUUGAUUGACCGCUACAUCACCAUGCAUGUCAAAAAUGGUUAUUAUUACGAUCAGUUUACAUGAAGAAUUCUUCAUUUCGGUUUACAGGGCUGCAAUAAUACUGACAUAUUUAGAAAAAGCAAAAUGUUUAUACCAUUCCGAGCAAUAUACAUAAUAUACGUACUAAUAGUAGUUUGUAGCAAUUAUAAGAACAAUCCCGCAGGAUUUGUACAUUUUACUAAGAUUUUUUUCGACCAGAAUUGAUUUCAUACGAUAUUGUUUUAUAUAUUACUUUUAUAAAAUACCUAGUUUUAAUUGUACACGUUAAGUGUAAACUAUCACAUUCUUUCCAUCGGUGUUGUUGUGCAAUAAUUUAUUUAUUAUUUUAUAAACGUAACUAGCUUUGUAAGUGGGGAAAGUAACAUUUUAUUGCUAAGAUUUCUUUUUUCGUUUGUGGUGCUAAUAUUAUUGAUUAGAUUGUUUUAAAAUGUAACGUUUUAUAACGUUUGAAAAUCGUUUUAAUUAGGUAAUUUCUGUGUGAAUGCCUAACGAAAGGCUCACCAAUCACUUCAGCAGAGUUAAGGAUAACUUGCGAUGUUGUAGCGUAAAAAAGAUAGAACAGAUUAUAUUUUAUACAUAAAAGCAAUAUAACCAAUGUUUAAAGCUAUAAGUAAGUUGACGAAGCGUCGCAAUGGUUGUGGCACUCUGCAAGUAUUGCCACGUUUCGUAAUUUUAGUAUACAUCAAAAUAUGCUUAUUGCUGAAAGGACAACUCAAUAGCAGAUAUAAAGUGGGAAUAAAACAUAGAACGAGUGCACACAAAAGGGGUGCGACAAAUUCACGUAGGACCAAUAGUCGAGGGAGGAAAGCUAAAUGAAACAUUUUACCAGUAAAAGGGUAAGAGAGACUUUUUCUACAACACACCCAGGCAUGCAUUAUUUAGCAGGUGUGUGAAAAGUUGUGACGAUGGAAAAGUAAAAAAAAGAAUAAAAAUACCGAAACAGACGAGUUUCAGCUUCGAUAAUCAAAUGCAAAAACAUAUACAAAACUAUUUAUAUUCAUUCAUAUAUAGCCGAACACGUAAUUAUCACAAAACAAACAGAACAAACAAAUACUCAACAACAACAAAAACAAAGACAAACCGUAAACGUAACAACCGGACAUACGUAAGAAAAACUUGAAGAAAACAACAUAGCACACACCCACAGUAAAAUAUUCCUCCAUAUUAAAAAAACUAACUUUCUCUUGUUUUGAAACGCCAAACUGUCAUUAAAACUCAAUUUAAUCGGAACUCAAACAAAAGAGACUUCCCGUGCAGCUGUGGAGAAUUGCAUGUGUGACAAUAAAAAAAAGGCAUUGCAGUAAAACUUAAACUCUGGGGAUCUUUUACGCCAAUAGGCCC